UUGAGGUCUUUGGGCAGAAAAAGGUCUUUGAGCCUAGCAGCCCCUUAACACCCCAAGUUUGCAAAUCCGACUUGGUUGGUGGUGAAAAGAAAUCUAAAGCCCGGAUUCAAGUUCUCCUUCAGUUUGCGCGUUGGGGGUCAGUGGCAGAUAACUGCCCAGGCAUAAUGGGCAAUCCCAGUCGUAAGCUCUCCGGGCAGGAGGGGCGGAGGGAAGCAGAAACUGCCUUUUGUGGGGUUGUGAAAGGAAAAUCUGUCCUAAAGAAAAUUAAUUUCCCAGAGGUGGCUUCCCCCGGGCAGAGGGGCGUUUCCAGGCCCACCGUGCCGUGGUUUGGUAAAUAAGAAUGCUUGCUCAGUGCCGGCUCCCCCUGAGAGGCGCUUCGGCACUCUCGUGCCCAGGGGGCUGGGACUAGGGCUUGGAGAUUCCCGCCUGGAGGAUCAGACAGUUUCUCCCCCAGGCAUGAUGGAGGGGCUGCGCUGUUCCCUGCGCCGGGUGGCCGGGGCACCCGGGCGGUGGCGGCCGGUUCCGCGCGGUGAGUGCGCUGGGGCUUGGCCGCGCCACCCGCUUUCUCGUGGAGCCGGGUGCAGCGCGUCGCCGCCGCUCUCCGCUGCCGCGCGCCCCGGGAGGCUCCGGAUGGCCAGCCCGCCCCCCGCCGCCGCGGCCCUCGCCCCUCAGGACUGCAAUAAUGGAUGCUCCGCAGAAGGUACUGGAGAAGGCGGAUCCAAAGAGGCGGUGGAGACUUUCAAGGCUGAAGAUCUAAUAAUCACACGAGCCACCGUUUUAAAGGAAAAACCAGACCCCAGUACUCUGGUUUUUGGAACGGUUUUUACGGAUCAUAUGCUAACAGUGGAGUGGUCCUUGGAGCUUGGAUGGGAGAAACCACGCAUCAAACCUCUUCAAAACCUCUCACUGCAUCCGGGUUCAUCAGCUUUCCACUAUGCUGUGGAAUUAUUUGAAGGAUUGAAGGCAUUUCGGGGAGUAGAUAAUAAAAUUCGUCUGUUUCGGCCAAACCUCAACAUGGAUAGGAUGUACCGAUCUGCUAUGAGGGCCACUCUGCCGGCAUUUGACAAGAAAGAGCUUUUAGAGUGUAUUCAGCAGCUUGUGAAAUUGGAUGAGGAAUGGGUCCCCUACUCAACAUCUGCGAGUCUAUAUAUUCGUCCUACGUUCAUUGGAACUGAGCCUUCUCUGGGAGUCAAGAAGCCAACUAGAGCCCUGCUCUUUGUAAUCUUGAGCCCAGUGGGACCUUAUUUUUCCAGUGGAAGCUUUAAUCCUGUGUCCCUGUGGGCCAACCCGAAGUAUGUCAGAGCCUGGAAAGGUGGAACCGGAGACUGCAAAAUGGGAGGGAAUUAUGGCUCAUCUCUUUUUGCCCAAUGCGAAGCAGUGGAAAAUGCGUGUCAGCAGGUUCUGUGGCUCUAUGGAGAAGAUAAUCAAAUAACUGAAGUUGGAACUAUGAAUCUUUUUCUUUAUUGGAUAAAUGAAGAUGGAGAAGAAGAACUGGCAACUCCUCCGCUAGAUGGCAUCAUUCUUCCAGGAGUGACGAGGCAGAGCAUCCUGGACUUGGCACACAAGUGGGGUGAAUUUAAGGUAUCCGAGAGAUACCUCACCAUGGAUGACUUGACCACAGCUGUGGAGGAGAACCGGGUGAGGGAGAUGUUUGGUUCAGGUACCGCCUGUGUGGUUUGCCCUGUUUCGACUAUACUGUACAAGGGUGAGACUAUACACAUUCCAACUAUGGAGAAUGGUCCUAAGCUUGCAAGCCGCAUCUUAGAAAAACUGACUGAUAUUCAGUACGGAAGAGAAGAGAGCGACUGGACAAUCACAGUAGCCUGAAUGGAAAAGAAUAGGAUAUCAUUUGGGUGCGCUUGGGACAGACUGUUGCAUUUGAAUUAUGAGAAAUGUCUUUGGCUACCUGAUUUUAGUUGUGCAUCAUGUUGUUCGUAUUAUCUGUGUUACCAGGGCGAUUGUUUCCUCAUGCCAGAGAAGAUGAAUCACAAUCAUCCAAUGGUAGUUUCUAAAUUUGCUCCUAGAAGCUUUCCUUACCUUCUCUAGAGAGUUGAUUAUGGAAGCCAUCUAAGUGUAGAAUUUUCCUCCAUAAUCUUAGAGCCUCCCUUAGGGCUUCACUCAGAUUUUUAAAAAAUCUUUAUUCUUUAGCAUAAGUUAUGUCCUGCUUCUCAACCAGUGAGUGUCUUUGUGUUUGAAAGCUGAUCUGAGUACAUUUCACAGGUACCAUUUCCCGGGCCACAUCUCCAUCCUCAGAAAAGUGUGUUGUUGUUGUUGUUGUUUAUAAAUCAAGACUUAGAGAAACUGGAUUUCUUUCCCGGUCCCCUAAGUCCAUCUUAGGGAGAAUCUCUCCUCCUUCCUGACAUCACAGUCUGCACCAGGCUCCACUGGUAGUCUACAAGACCACCCCUGCUGUCUCCACACUGUGUUGUAAUUCGUGGGCUGGCUUCACUACAGGACUGAGGGUCUUGUGCCUUAUAGAUCUUUGCAUCCCCCAGCCUGGCCCAUAGUAAGGAAUGAAUGAACAUUUAGCUUCUAUAGAAGUGUACCUUCUUUGUUUCUAUAUUAUGAAACCUCUUUAUUAGAAUUUGUGAUUGGUUCUGAUUUUAUCUAUAUUUACCUCAUGUCUCUUUAGCUUCCAUGGACUGCCAAGUCAUCAGAGAUACUCUGAUUGUAGUUUGUUGGAGGAAUGAUUUCUUAUUUGAAGACUGUCUUGGAAUUAAAGUAAUAGUUCUAGAAAGAUGGUGAUAUCAUACCAACCAAAUGGAAAUGACGUGUUAUAUGUUAAAUACAUAAAUGUUUAAGUGUUAAAUACAAAAUAAAUCAUAUUUAGUUUUUUGGUAGAAAG